AUGAUCACAAGAAGCAUAAGUGCAACAAACAUAGUUCCAAGAGUUGAAGACAUUAGAGCACUUGAGAGGGAAAUUGCAAGACAGAGAAGAGAAGUAGAGCAACAGGCUCACUUGCAAAGGUUGGAGUUUGAUAUGGAGAAUCUGCCUCAAGAUGGUGAUGCCCUAGGGGGCAUUAAUCCAAGAGCUGAUCAUCUUAGACCACAGCGCCAGCCACAACAUCUACCGCGCCAAGCUCGUGCCAUUGGAGCCUAUGAUCAACCUCACAUUAAUGAGAAUAACAAAUAUCAUGGCCUUGCUGCUGAAGACCCUUUUGAUCACUUGUACAAGUUUGAUAAAUAUUGUGGCUUGUCCAAGGCAAAUGGUGUUUCUGAAGAUGCUUUCAACUUGAAGUUGUUCCCUUUCUCUUUGGGAGACAAGGCACACCAGUGGGAGAUAACUCUUCCAAGUGACACUAAGGGUCUAGAGAGCUUCAGUGAAGCAUGGGAGAGGUUCAAGGGCUAUUGGUCUCAGUGCCCUCAUCAUGGUUUCAGCAAGGAGAGUUUGUUUAGCACCUUCUAUAGAGGAGCUCUACCACAGUGCAGAAACAGGCUUGAUACUGCCAGCAAUGGUUUCUUCUUGGGAAAAACUGAGGAAGAGGCAGAGGAACUGGUAGAGAACAUGGCCAAGAGUGACUCAGUCUACAGUGAGGAGCAUGAUAGGGUCAACAGAAGUGAUGAUCAGCAGACAAAGAAAGAGAUCAAGUCCUUGCAAGAAAAGAUAUAUUUGCUUCUUUCCAACCAAGCUAAACAGGAGCAGAUGAAUUUUGUGGGUGGUCCUAGUCAAGAGGUUCCUCCUAAGGUCAAUGAGAUUGAUGGUUUGGAAGGCCAAGAAGAGCUAUGCUUCAUCAACAACAAUGGUACUUGGUACAGGAAGAAACCUAACUUUCAGUACAACAACUACGAGCAACGGUCUUACUCCAACAACCAGCAAGGAGGAUACCAGCCAAAGCAAAACACCCAGCGAGGGAGCUAUCAGCCUAGGCAAAACAUCCCUCCUGGUUUCAACAAUCACAGCAAUCAGUGUACUCAAGCUCAAGGAAGUUCUUCACAAGCUCCAGCUUCAGAUACAAGUGUGGAUGUCAUGUUCAAGAAACUCUUGGAUUUUCAGCCAAGUCGCCAACAAAGGUCAUUACCUGGAAAGCCAGAGCAAAACCUCAAGGAAACAAUGAAGGCAAUCACCCUACGGAGUGGUAGAGAGUUGCCUCCAAGAGUUCUCACCAAGGAUGGUGAAAAACAAGGUGGGGAGGUGGCCAUCAACAUUGAUGAUGAAGUGGUGAUUGUAGAUGAGAAGGUUGAUGAAGAGAUUCUGGAAAAAAUUGUUGAAGCUAAGGGUAAAGGAAAGCUUGGAGAAGAGAAGAGGACAGUGAAACAUGGUGAAAUUGCUACUCCAACAAAGGAAUCCUCUUUUGUUCCUCCUCCAUAUGAGCCAAAGCUGUCAUUCCCUGGAAGAUUCAAAAGACAGCUAUUGGAGAAGUACAAGACACUCUUUGAGAAACAAAAGAGUGAAUACAGCAAAUUCUUGAAAGAUGUUGUGGGUGCAAAGAAGAAAGAGAUGGAAGGUAUGAUGAUCUUAACACACGAGUGCAGCGCCAUUAUCCAGAGGUUAGAUGUUCCAAGAAAGCUAGAGGAUCCAGGAUGUUUCACCUUACCUUGUGCUCUAGGACCCAUGGUGUUUGAGCGAUCAGUGAAUAUUCCUGUUGGUAUCCCAGAAGACUUUCCCGUGAUGGUUGGUAACUUUGAGAUCCCUACUGAUUUUGUUGUGUUGGAGAUGGGUGAGGAAGCAAGAGACCCUUUGAUCCUUGGAAGACCAUUCUUAGCCACAGCAGGAGCUAUUGUAAAUGUUAGAGAAGGAAAAAUUGAUCUUCAUCUUGGAAAAGGGAACAUUCUCCAAUUUGACAUCAAUGAAGUGAUGAAGAAGCCAACUAUCCAGAACUAA